UCAGCAGGCGGCGUGUGACGCCACCCACUUCCGGUGCGCCCGUCAACAAACUGCGCCCGUCACCGCUAUCGAGGGUCGAAGGUCCUGACACGCGGAGGACGUGGCCGAAGCAGCGACGCCCCUACAUAACGGCCGCCGGACGGUGGGCGAGCAGCAGUGGAGCGGUGACCCGGGGAGCGAUCGCACCAACGCCGUCCAGAGCGCAGCACGCCAUGACUGGCCUGAUUAGUUUUGCGGUACUUGUGGUAUGUGCAUCAGCAGCUGUCAGAAGACCACUGGGGCUCAGCCAGGACGGCACCUACUGGCCUGAGAAGGCUCAGGGCCGUGAGCGACUCCUGGGGCUCAGCCAGGACGGCACCUACUGGCCUGAGAAGGCUCAGGGCCGUGAGCGACUCCUGGGGCUCAGCCAGGACGGCACCUACUGGCCUGAGAAGGCUCAGGGCGGUGAGCGACUCCUGGGGCUCAGCCAGGACGGCACCUACUGGCCUGAGAAGGCUCAGGGCGGCGAACGACUCCUGGGGCUCAGCCAGGACGGCACCUACUGGCCUGAGAAGGCUCAGGGCGGCGAACGACUCCUGGGGCUCAGCCAGGACGGCACCUACUGGCCUGAGAAGGCUCAGGGCGGUGAACGACUCCUGGGGCUCAGCCAGGACGGCACCUACUGGCCGGAACUCGCCGACAACUCUCACGGCGGAGCCGGCGCGGCUCGCGGAGGUCAGGGGUCAGGGAUGUCCAGUCGCCGCCAGCGUCGUCCGGAGGGGCUCAACGGCAACCACGGCUAUGGCAGGUCCUUCAACCCGGCCGCCGAGUCUGCCGGAUCCCGGCAGUAGAUGAUCGCGCCUGUUCGGUGUGUGUGUGCGUGGGGGGGGGGGGGGCCGGCCAGGCCUGUCGGCCUGCGUGGCUCAGCUGAAACGGAGUGGCUCGAGCCGAAAGGUCUUUAGCGAAUGGCAAGAGUGGUCUGGGCCCGGCACUGCAGAUAGCGCACUAAUGUUCUGACUGUCCGAUCUGGUCAUCUAACUCGACCGGUGGGUGUCGCAACAAGGCGCAAUGGCCGCCGCCCGGCAUUGUAACGGGGCGCAACGGCCGCCGCCCGGCACUGCGGUGACCGGCGGAAAACUGUGCUCCCUGGAUGGCUGGGACCAGCAGGCAUCGGCAUGGCCCCAAGGCUUGUUGUAGACGUCCCCCUGGAUGGCUGGGACCAGCACGCAUCGGGACCGUCCCGAGGCCUGUUGUAGACGUCUCCCAGGAUGGCUUGGACCAGCACACAUCGGGACCGCACUGCAGCCUCCUGUUGUAGACGUCGCUGAAGUGGCCAUAUAGUCGAUGUUUUCGCUCUUGUUUUGGACGGUCUGUACGAAAAUGCACUGGAAUGCUCUGCGUUAUUAGAGCAGCUUGACCUAAUGAUAGUUUUGGUAUUGUUGCACGGUGUCGCUAUCGAUUUGGAAAGAUUUUGCGUGCAUUGCUACCUCCUACUCUGAUAUCUUGUUACUAACCAGCCAAUGUUGUCAAAAAAGAUUAGUAAUUACACCUUGUUGAAUGGUGCCAUACCAUGCCGCAGGUAAAUAAACAAAUAAGCGUUA